GAGGGCGUGGGGGGGGAGAGGAGAGGUGUGUCUAGAAGCUUUGGCAUGGGAUGGGAGGUCACCAUGUGUUAGUUGCAUGAUUGGACUCCACUAAGAUUUUGUGUUGGAUAGUGUUUUUCAAUGCAUGCGGUGAUUGCAGCAUGCAAAUAACCACUUCUAGCCCCAGAUCUGCAUGCUCAGGGCCUCCAGGCCGAGGACGGAUCACCGGGUUACGCGUGUGUGUGAGCAGCGGGGGCAGGUGCUCUGCGACCCCGGCUCAAACUCUUCUCUGCAGCCAGCUGGAAUGGCAUGAGGCGGUGUAGGCUGGCUGGAAACACGCGAGGGGUUGUGCACAAGCCAAACACGCUAUACUUUACAUGCCUGAAAGAUGAUGACAGUGGAGAUCACGACCAGGACAACUGCUCACCGAAAGACGGGGAGAAAGAAAAAAAUGACAAAGAGGAGAAGGACUCAAACACUACCAAGAGAAAGGCGGUGGUCCCAGGGGCUGGUGAGCACCCUCUUCAGUACAACUACUCGUUCUGGUAUUCUCGUCGCACACCAGGACGGCCAGCCAGCACACAGAGCUACGAACAGAACAUUAAACAGAUCGGCAGCUUUGCUUCGGUGGAGCAGUUCUGGCGUUUUUAUAGUCACAUGAUCCGACCGGGUGAUCUGACUGGUCACAGCGAUUUCCACCUGUUUAAGGAAGGAGUCAAACCCAUGUGGGAGGAUGAUGCUAAUAAGAGUGGAGGGAAAUGGAUCAUACGGCUUCGUAAAGGCCUGGCGUCACGGUGCUGGGAGAAUUUAAUCUUGGCCAUGCUGGGUGAGCAGUUCAUGGUGGGCGAGGAGAUCUGUGGGGCCGUUGUGUCCGUUCGCUUCCAGGAGGAUAUCAUUUCUAUCUGGAAUAAGACAGCCAGUGAUCAGGCCACCACUGCUCGCAUUAGAGACACCUUACGCAGAGUUCUCAACCUGCCUCCUAAUACCAUUAUGGAGUAUAAAACACACACCGAUAGCAUCAAAGCUUGGGAGGAUUUCCAUGGUCUAGUGAACGCAAGCGGAGGCCGCUAGUUUUUCAUCUGAAGAGUGUAAGACAGAUUAUCAAGUUAAUUUUACCACCGAAGAGGACGUUUCCGAGGAGUUUACCCGUUUUUUAAA